GCGCCCUUCUCCCCGCCGCCCCCUGCCGGGUGCCGGACUGCCCGCUCGCCCUUUCCCGGGAAGCGAAGGGAAAGACGCUCUGCACGUGCUCAGAGACCCGGCUCCCCUUGGUUCCUCCUCGAAUCACGUGCGCAGGUUGCGCCCGGAAGUCCGUCUUGUGGAGUUGGGGCAUUUUCUCCAGGGCGGCGCUCCGGACGCUCCUCGGGAAGGCAGCCCGCCGCCCCGGACCUGCCGCCCGCCAGAGGGCCGGGGAAGACUCGGGCAGAGACCGCGGCGGCCGUUGAGCAUGUGCAAAGUACUUUGAGCCCCAGGCCGGCCCUCUUCUCCGCGCGCCGGCCUCGGGCGAUGAAGGGGCAGGACUUCCCGGGCGGGAGGCGUGCCUCGCUCUGCGGCUCCAGCCCCGGCACCUUUCGGCCGAGCCUCCCCCGCCAGGCGGCCGCCUUCCUCCGCUGAGCGGCCCCGCGCGACCAGGGGCGGCCCCGCGCAGCCUCGCCGGCCCGGGAGAGCGGCAGCGCGGGGGCCUGCGGCACCGCGGACGGAGCAGCCGCGCCGGGCGUGGCAGGGCGGGCAGGCGGGGCGGCGGCGGCGCUCCGGUCGCUCCGUCCUCUCCGCCUCCCGCGCCGGAGCCAGUACCAUGCUCCCCGCUGCGUCGGGCGCAGCCAGCCCCGAAUCGGACGCGCCCUCGCCGCCGCCGCCGCCGCCGCGCCCAGCCGCCGGGCGCCCCGUCUUCGCCGGAGGUCCAGCCGGAGCCUGAGCCGGGCACGCUCGGCCGCGCCUCGCCCGCCGCCGCCCGCCCGCCCAGGAUGCUGACCGGCUGCCUCGCCCCGCGCCCGCUGCUGGCCCGCUCCUGCCCCGCCGCCGCCGCCGCCGCCGUCCUGCUGGGAGUCCUCUGGCUGCACGCCUGCCGCGGGAUGCCCCAUGUCAUCCGCAUCGGGGGAAUCUUUGAAUAUGCCGAUGGCCCAAACGCCCAGGUAAUGAACGCCGAAGAACAGGCCUUCCGAUUCUCAGCCAACAUCAUCAACAGAAAUAGGACUUUGUUGCCCAACACAACCUUAACCUACGAUAUCCAGAGAAUACACUUCCAUGAUAGCUUUGAAGCCACUAAGAAAGCUUGUGACCAACUCGCCCUGGGCGUUGUAGCCAUUUUUGGGCCUUCUCAGGGCUCAUGCACCAACGCGGUCCAGUCCAUUUGCAAUGCACUGGAGGUUCCUCACAUACAGCUGCGGUGGAAGCAUCACCCUUUGGACAAUAAGGACACCUUCUAUGUCAAUCUCUACCCAGAUUAUGCCUCUCUCAGCCAUGCCAUCUUGGACCUCGUACAGUACCUGAAGUGGAGGUCGGCCACUGUUGUAUACGAUGACAGCACAGGCCUUAUCCGGCUACAGGAGUUGAUAAUGGCUCCAUCCAGAUACAACAUCCGUUUGAAAAUACGCCAGUUGCCCCUGGACACAGAAGAUUCCCGGCCUCUGCUCAAGGAGAUGAAGCGGGGAAGAGAGUUCCGGAUCAUCUUUGACUGCACCCACACAAUGGCUGUGCAUAUCCUCAAGCAGGCCAUGGCGAUGGGGAUGAUGACAGAAUACUACCACUUCAUCUUCACCACACUGGAUCUGUAUGCAAUCGAUCUUGAGCAAUAUCGCUACUCUGGAGUAAACCUGACCGGCUUCCGAAUCUUGAACGUGGAAAAUCCCCAGGUGUCUGCCAUCAUCGAUAAAUGGUCCAUGGAGAGAUUGCAGACGGCCCCCAGACUGGAGCCUGGAUUGAUGGCAGGGGUCAUGAUGACAGACGCUGCCCUGUUGUAUGACGCCGUCCACAUCGUCUCUGUGUGUUACCAGCGGGCCCCUCAAAUGACAGUCAACUCUCUCCAGUGCCAUCGGCACAAAGCCUGGCGAUUUGGUGGGCGCUUUAUGAAUUUUAUCAAAGAGGCCCAGUGGGAGGGCUUGACGGGACGAAUUGCCUUCAACAAAACCAGCGGCCUCAGGACGGACUUCGACUUGGACGUCAUCAGCCUCAAGGAAGAUGGGCUAGAAAAGGUUGGCGUGUGGAGCCCCUCGGAUGGGCUGAACAUCACUGAAAUCACCCGAAAACAGGGGCCCAACGUGACGGAUUCUCUGACCAACCGAUCUUUGGUGGUCACCACAGUUCUGGAAGAGCCGUUUGUCAUGUUUGCCAAGUCAGACACAGUUCUGUCUGGGAACAGGCGUUUUGAAGGCUACUGCGUGGACCUCCUGGCAGAAGUCUCCCGCAUCCUUGGCUUCUCCUAUGAGAUUCGUCUGGUGGAGGAUGGGAAGUACGGAGCCCAGGAUGAGAAGGGCCAGUGGAACGGCAUGAUAAGGGAACUGAUUGACCACAAAGCUGAUCUGGCAGUCGCUCCCCUCACCAUCACCCACGUCCGGGAGAAAGUGAUUGACUUCUCCAAGCCCUUCAUGACUCUGGGAAUCAGCAUUCUCUACCGAAAGGCCAAUGGCACUAACCCCAGUGUCUUCUCCUUCCUGAACCCUCUGUCUCCUGACAUUUGGAUGUACAUCCUGCUUGCUUACCUGGGAGUUAGCUGUGUGCUUUUUGUGAUUGCCAGGUUCAGCCCUUACGAAUGGUAUGAUGCUCAUCCGUGCAACCCUGGGUCAGACAUCGUCGAGAACAACUUCACCCUCCUCAACAGUUUCUGGUUUGGAAUGGGAGCCCUGAUGCAGCAAGGCUCCGAGCUGAUGCCCAAAGCUCUGUCCACUCGGAUCAUUGGGGGGAUCUGGUGGUUUUUCACCCUCAUCAUCAUCUCUUCCUACACGGCAAACUUGGCUGCCUUCUUGACGGUGGAGAGGAUGGAGUCCCCCAUUGGCUCUGCAGAUGAUUUGGCCAAGCAGACCAAAAUUGAGUAUGGAGCAGUCAAGGAUGGAGCCACCAUGACCUUCUUCAAGAAGUCCAGGAUCUCUACUUUUGAAAAAAUGUGGGCCUUCAUGAGCAGCAAACCCUCAGCUCUGGUGAAGAACAACGAAGAAGGGAUCCAGCGUGCCCUGACUUCUGACUAUGCCCUGCUGAUGGAAUCCACCACCAUUGAGUACAUCACCCAACGAAACUGCAAUCUGACCCAGAUCGGAGGACUGAUUGAUUCCAAGGGCUAUGGGAUUGGCACGCCCAUGGGUUCUCCAUACCGAGACAAGAUCACCAUCGCCAUCCUCCAGCUUCAGGAAGAGGCAAAGCUGCACGCCAUGAAGGAGAAGUGGUGGCGAAGCAAUGGCUGCCCGGAAGAGGAGAGCAAGGAAGCCAGCGCCCUCGGCAUUCAGAACAUCGGGGGGCUCUUUAUCGUCCUGGCUGCUGGCCUCAUCCUCUCGGUCUUCGUAGCCACUGUGGAGUUCAUCUACAAGCUGCGCAAGACAGCCGAGCGGGAGCAGCGGUCCUUCUGCAGCGCCAUGGCUGAGGAGAUCCGGCUGUCCCUCACCUGCCAGCAGCGCACGAAGCACAAAGCCCAGCCUCCCCUCAUGGUGAAGACUGACGCCGUCAUCAACAUGCACACAUUCAACAACCGGCGGCUUCCCAGCAAAGACAACCUGGCCUGUAACACGGGGCUGACCCCUGCCUUCCCCUAGCCAGCAGAGGGGUGAGGACUGGGGGCAAGGAGAAGAAGGCUCUCUGAGAAGCAGCCGGCCACUGAGCAGGAGGCCUGUGGGAAGGACGGACCCCAGCAGGUGGCCCCACAUCUGCAGCCGGGAGUCUUAUUCUUCCCUUGCAGGCCUCGCCACAGCCAGCCCCCCCAUUCCUCACCUGGACACCUCCAAGAGUCUCGAUGUUUACAGAUCAAGAAAGUGGAAAAGGCAAAGCAGGUGCCUCCGAGACCUCGGAUCCCACCCUUCAGAUUAAGUAUGGCAAUAAGCAAAAGGGCCUUGGGUCAGGAGAUACACGGAGCCCCACAUGGACCAGAGCCCACACCAAGCCCCAAGGCAGCCUCCAGAGGCAUCAGAGCAGAGCGGGAGGGGGGGGCAAGAUAGGGGUCCUGGGCAGAGCAACUGCUCUGGCUGGGAGGAGGACAACUGAGUCUUUUGACUCCUUGCUGGGCUGAACGAUGAUUCCUCAGGAAGAUCCCCCUUGGCGGGGAGGGCGAUGGCAAUGGUGAUGCUACGGGAGCCCCCCCUUCGUCAGGCAGCAGGCGUGGGGGCCCCUCAGCUGUCAGGAGAUGCCACAAGAAGGCGACAGAGCACACCAUGGCAGGUCAAGAUGGUCCUGCCACCCUGGUGAGGAAUUCUCUUGGCUGGGCUCUGCUCAAUCCGGUCGCCAGAUCCAGCUGGGCAGAGUUCCCAGGAAAGAAACAUGCCAACAUCUGCAAAUGGGAAGCAAUGACAAUGUGAAUUGGGGGGAGGGAGGGUGAACAGGGGAUAAAGUUGGGCAUUUGAGAGCUGUAGGACCUAGUGACGUUCCAUACAUGUGAAUGGACACCCCCCCCCCAUGCUGGCAGCAGUGGCAGGGCAUGUGGCUGAAAGAAGUGUAUGGAUGCCCCUGGUUGGCCACUCGGGUACAGUUCCUCAAAAGUGCCAUGGUGCCCAAGGAUACGCUUCCAAAUAAGGUCCCAGGCAAUUUCCAAUAUUUAAGGGGCUGCCACAGGAAAGAGGGGGUCAACCUAUUCUCCAAAGCACCUGAGGGCAGGGCAAGAAGUAAUGCAUGGAAACUCAUCAAGGGGAUCCAGCCUAGACUUAAGUCUUGAGUUGCCAGAAAGAUUCUUCUCCCUAUUGUUCCCAGUUGUUCACAAAGGAUGAACUGAUUCCAAAGCUUGGCCUUGACCGGGCGCCACGGACAGCACAUGGUUUGCAUUUUUCUUCCAAGCAGAGUUUUUCUCUCCUAACGACCAAAGACCACCACCACCCCCUGCCAUUUGGAAGGAGCCAGGGCUGGGGCUGCUCUUUCCCACCCUCCUCUUUGUUGGAUUGCCAGGUGGGGAUGCUGGGCCACCCCCUGGCCUGGGAAGUGACCGGUAGACAAAAGGCUGAUUGUGUAGCAGCUGAAGAUGGAGUCCCAUUUUUAUUCAGCAUCAGCAUCUCUGGCUAAGCUUACCACGUUUCUGGAACUGGUACCCUUCCAAGCUGAAAGAAGUUCGCAUCAGUGGAUGGGCAGAGGGCAAGAGGGAGAAGGGUGUUUCAAGGCUAUCCUCCAAAGUGCCUUUUGAGAUCUGUCCCCUUGGCCCUCUCCAUGACCCGCUGCUGGCCAUCCAGCCGCUUCACAAGGUCACCCGAGAGGUCUGGGCCCAGCAGGUUCAGUGGCCCAUUAGCAGCCAAAGCAGGGCUUAACCUGGAGAUGCAUCGAAAGUUCGGUGGAGUCCUUGAUAUUCUCUGAGCCUGUUUGUUUACUUGCAGACAUUUCAUUGCCCUUCCAGGUAGCAUCAUCAGUGCUAGUGAGUGUGGGGUUGGCUCUCUGUUGACGUACAGCAGCUUGCCGAGUAACACCAAGAGUUCUUUAUCCUUUCCCUGCUCCUCCAAGCAAAGGCCUAGCACACAAGGCUGCAAUGAGGAAGACAAAUAUGUUGUGACCCAGGGGUUGAAGGGGGGGGGGACUGAGCUGGGUCCAACUUCUUUGGGAAACAACAGGCUGGAGGAGAAUUUGAAUAUAAUUGCAGCUCAGGGAAGGAUUUCGGGGGGCCCUCCCCAUCUCAUUUCAGCCCCAAGCAGCUGUUUUGUGAUGAGAAGCUGGUGAAGAAAAUAUUCUCAGCCUCUUCCUAUCUUGAGUUACCCAUAUCAGCAGUGACAGCAGGAGGUAGUAAAAAGGAGCCCAGAGAGUUGGGAAUAUUUCUCAAGGUGUUCAGUCACAUCCUGAAAGGGAAGAUAUGUGACUAGGAGAACAUAACAUCUUUUAGCUCCUUUCAAACAGGGCCUCUUGGGGCCUUGGAAAGGGGGCUUCUUGGUCCUCUUAGGAGGGUCUUAAGGCCAAAGAGGAGAUAAGGGAUGCUCCUUCACUCAAUCCAACCUCCCUGUAGUCCUUUUGGUACAGCAUUGAGUGUGGUGAUAAGCAAAGCCAGUUUUGUAUAUCCAUUUCAUUUCCUCAUUUUUAAUUACCAAUUUGUUUCUCCCACUCCAAGAAACAGUCACGGUUUAGUUACAUCAGAAACAAGCUGUUUUAGUUAUCACACAAUCCUUUCAAAUGUCAGGCGUUCCGCUCUUCGUUUUGCAUUUUGGUUUGGCCAAGUUACCUUGGUCUGGAAGAGCUCCCUUAAUCUGAUCUCUGAAAUGUAGGUGCAGUGGACGCCUUUCCUUGUCAGUUCUAAGCAUGGCAACAAGCUCUUUUAUCCCUUUCUGCUGUCUUUCAUCCUUCCCAACCAGUCUGCUCAUGCAAGUCUUUUCAGUUUGGGUGUAACGAUGAAGAGGAGGCUUCCAAAGGCUGAACUUGGAGAAAAGGCCAUCGGAGGAGGUCACCUUCCCACCGAGGGAGACCAGACAUUUGGCUGAGGGCAAACCGCCAGGUCUGAGUCAGCCACCAGUUCUGUUUUUUCAGCUUUCUGAGAAGAAGGACCAAAAGGAAAUACAAGGUGUACCUGAAGACCGUGUUUGGAUCCUACCCAAAGUGUUGCUGGCUGAAUGUGCAUAGAGAGCCGUGGAGUUGGUUGAGGUGGCUGUUCCUCCAACAGAGCACAGCCGAGACCCAGGCCAGGGCAGCGUCCUGGAAGUCUGAGAUGGACCCUCUGCUUCCCUGGCAGCCAGCAAAUGCUGACCCAGCAGACCAGAUGUACAAGGUCCUCCAUCACCUUCAACAUCUUGGCUGGGAGAAGACUUUGGCUUUGGGCAUUGAGCUGUCGGUCUACCACAAAAGUCGCUGUACAAGCCAGUUGCAAAAGCGCACAUGCUCAAACACAACCAUGAGACUCAUUCUUUAUCCUUUGUAGGGUUUCUUUGGCUCUUGAACAAUAUCAUUGCAGAAAAAGAGUCUGUUUGCAGUGACUUUGGGGGUGGCAAGUGAACUGCCCUUUCACCCUCUCACUCUCUCUCUGGACUGAUUUCCUAACAACAGCCACAGAACUGGUCUCUGUGACAUUCAGGGGAAAAUUCCUUUGUGGACAUGCAGAAAUUUCUAUAAAUUUAGUUUUUUGUAAACAUUUUGUAAGAAUUUUGGUUUCAUAGUAACUGUGUUACUUGCAGAUCAUUCUAGGCAGAUGUAAAUAGAAUUUCCAAAAAAAGAACUAUUUAAAGUUUUAAAACAAACAAAAAUGAUUAUUUUCCUUUUUAAGACACUGUGAUAUAUCAAGUGCACAGUUUUGCUGUAUGCGGUAACAUUGUUUAAAUUUUAAAUAAAACAUUUCUACAAAAGAAACCUUCAAACAUUUUGUAUCUUUUAAUUUUUUUAAAAAAAAAAGCUUAAAAGAAGCCACAAUGUCUUCAAGAGUAACAGCUGAAUUUCUUUAUGUGCUAAAUAUAUAUAUGUAUGAAAAAUCACAAUGGGAACUUAAAUGAGAUGUGAGAAGAAAUAUAAAAGGAAUAGAAGCAGAAUCAGGAAAUUGGCAAAUAUUUUCUUUGCAAUCAGAGGAGAUUAAAACACCAUUAAAGGAACAAAAUUCUCAUUUUAA